AUGGACAGUUAUGAAAACCAUCUGAGGCCCGAACUAGUCUCCUUCGAUGAUAUAAGCUACAAUGAUUUAUCACAAGUGGAUGCUGCUAGGAAGUCAAUGUUACGAGAACAAUGGAUCAGAGUGUACGAAUUAAGAGUGACACAUGAAGCAGUAAGAAAAUGCAGACAAUACCACCAAGAUGAUGCCGGUAGAAACUGCAAGAGCUUGAUUUUGAAAUAUUUGAAGAUGUUGGAAACCUAUCCAAUCCAAGGUUACCAAGGAUAUCAAAAGAACGAUCCAUCGAAAUAG